AUGGAGCCAUCAACCUCUCCACCCGUUGCAGACAUGGUAACACCGCUAUCCGAUUUUCAAAAGAUAGGUCACAACACAUAUCUCUGGACAUCAUCAUCAUACCUAUCCCAACUCGCAGAGCAAACUCCGCUCAUCCUACUCUUCACUUGGAACGCUGCGGCCGCAAAGUACAUCGCCAAAUACACACUUGCCUACCAGAAGCUUUUCCCAACAUCCCGCAUCCUGCUGGUACGAUGCUUCACCCCAGACAUGUUCCGCCGUACCUCGUCCUACGCCACUUUGCUCGAGCCAACAACAGAUCUUGUAGCCGAACAUACCGCUUCAGGAGGACGCAUCCUUGUCCAUAGUUUCUCAAACGGCGGCGGGAAUCAAGUCAAUGAAUUUGCAAAAGCAUGGAAAAAGAAUCGUUCGGAUACGAUGGUUCGGUUUGAGGAGGCAGAUGAGCACGCUGAUCUUGCCAAGGCAAAGGGAUGGGAUGUGACAAAGGUGCAGUUUGAGAAAAGUCCGCACUGUGGUCAUAUCAGGGAGGACGAGAACAAAUAUUGGGCAGCGGUUAUGGAAGCUUGGAAGAAGGGGCCGAGGAGUGGUAACAUGUCUACUUGA